AUCACUUAUAAAUAGCUGUAUUUUGAAACCCCCGUAAAUAUUCACAAUAGUUCUUGCUGAUUAGCAAAUAUGGAUUUCAAUUUCAUGUUCAUUCUCUGUUUCAUUUUCAUACUAAGUUUUCAUCUUCUUGAAACAUUUGCAAAUAAAACCCCAGAAAAAAACAAAUUAGAAACAUACAUUGUUCAAGUUGUGGCACCUGAUACACAAAUUUUCACUCAAUCAGAAGAUCUGAGAAGUUGGUACGAUUCAUUUUUGCCAACGACUACAGCAUCUGUAAGGGAAAAUCCGCGCAUGAUUUUUCCAUAUACCAAUGUACUGAAAGGUUUUGCUGCAAGAUUAUCUGCUGAUGAAGUAAAGGAGAUGGAAAAAAAGGCGGGAUUCGUGUCUGCUCAGCCCGAUAAAGUGUUGCCUCUGCAUACAACUCAUUCUCCCAAAUUCUUGGGGUUAAACCAAAACCCGGGUUUUUGGAAAGAUUCAAACUAUGGUAAAGGUGUGAUCAUUGGAGUUAUAGAUUCCGGAAUAGUCCCGGAUCAUCCAUCAUUCAAUGAUGAGGGAGUGCCACCUCCACCGGCUAAAUGGAAAGGCAAAUGUCAAUUCAACGUUUCGGCGUGUAACAACAAACUCAUUGGAGCAAGGUUUUUCUUGAGAGGAGAUGACACGCCACUAGACAUGGAUGGCCAUGGGACCCACACGGCAAGCACGGCUGCUGGAAACUUCGUAAAAGGGGCGAAUGUGUAUGGCAAUGCUAAUGGCACUGCAGCUGGGAUUGCCCCACUUGCUCAUUUGGCUAUUUACAAAGCAUGUUCCUUAUAUUGUUCUGAGAGUGCCGUGUUGGCAGCAAUGGAUACGGCCAUUGAUGAUGGUGUAGAUGUUCUUUCCAUUUCUCUCGGAAGACUUACCAACGAUUUGUAUUCGGACAACAUUGUAGUUGGUGCAUUUAGUGCAAUGGAAAAGGGGAUUUUUGUUAGCUGCUCAGCGGGAAACGGUGGCCCAUAUAAUCUCUCUAUAGCCCACGAGGCCCCAUGGGUUCUCUCUGUCGGUGCUAGCACUAUAGACCGAAAGAUCAGGGCAACUGCGGUGCUCGGAAAUAAUAAAUCGCACGACGGAGAAUCAGCUUUUCAGCCUUUGGAUUUUAAAUCAGAUUUCUUACCUCUUGUUUAUGCCGGGAUGUUGAAUUUGAGUGAUCAAUAUGCACCAUAUUGUCUCCCAGAAAUUUUGAACAAAACCGAUAUCAUCAGAGGGAAGAUUGUGGUGUGUGAAUUGAGUGAAAUUGAAGCAAUUGAAAUAGGACAAGCGGUAAAGGAUUCUGGUGGUGCUGCCAUGAUUCUCUUGAACAAUGAGCGAUAUGGAAAUACUACUAUUGCUGAAGCUCAUGUCCUUCCAGCGACACGAAUCAGUUAUGUCGAUGGACUAAAAGUCAAAGCUUACAUAAACUCGACGUCAAAUCCUGUAGCUAAGAUUUUGUUCAAAGGAACCUUGAUUGGUGAUGAUCGUGCCCCGGUGGUGGCUGCAUUUUCUUCCAGGGGGCCCAACUUCGCCAGCCCCGGAAUUCUAAAGCCUGACAUUUUAGGUCCAGGUGUAAACAUCCUCGCAGCAUGGCCCGUCUCUGUGGAAAACAAUACCAACACAAAAUCUACAUUUAACAUGUUAUCAGGUACCUCAAUGUCUUGUCCUCAUCUCAGCGGUGUCGUGGCUUUGCUGAAAAGCUCGCACCCUAGUUGGUCUCCAGCCGCCAUUAAGUCGGCAAUCAUGACUACUGCUGACAUUGUAAACCUAGCUAGGCGGCCAAUUGAAGACGAAAAAUUCCUACCUGCCGACAUUUUCACCACUGGUUCUGGCCAUGUCAACCCGUCAAAGGCCAAUGAUCCGGGCCUUGUUUACGACAUCCGAGCCGAAGAAUACAUACCAUAUUUGUGUGGUUUGAAUUACACAAACAGACAAGUUGGGACCUUCCUGCAGCGUAGGGUGAAUUGCUCGGACGUAUCAAGUAUACCAGAUGGGCAAUUAAACUAUCCAGCAUUUGUUAUUAUUUUUACAGUUCUAUCGAAUACUCAAAACUAUAGUAGGACAGUAACAAAUGUCGGUGAAUCUAAUUCCUCUUACACCGUCAAAAUUUUUCGCCCACUUGGCGUUGAUGUGCGCGUUGAGCCCACAACACUGAAUUUCUCGGAGCUGAACCAGAAGAUGGUAUAUCGAGUGACAUUCAAUCGAUUGGCUUCUGCCGGAAACAAUACUGUUGUUCAAGGUUCUCUGAUAUGGAAUUCAGACAAGCAUGCUGUGAGAAGUCCAAUAGCAGUUAUAUUGUCCUAAGAUAUGUGUUGAGACUAUAAAUCUGGAAUUCUUAAUAGACGCCCUGGAAUAAGUAAAUGCAGUUUCUUUCUCAAUUUGAAGUGCUUCCUUGAAAUUUACUGUAAUGAAGUGGAUUUAUCAUUGCAAUAUAAGAUGCAGAUCUAAAAAUCUCUAGUCAAAA